AUGAAGAAUCUGAAUGAAGACUCAGGGUCGACGGGAACUACUAAAGUCAUCCUCUCUAAGUUCCCUAAGCGCACUCGGGAGAAAGUUGGCGAACUGAAGAAGAGGGGAGAUCCUAUUUGGACAGUGGAAGAUUUGUUGAAUGCCCUCGACACAGUCGUGGGACAGCUCGAAGUGAUAGAAGACACUGAUCCAAUAAAAGAUCCUCCUUGUUCCAUCGCUUCUUUGAACCAUCCAAGUUCACACUCUCCAAUCAGACGCUCAGGUAGACCCAGAUCUCCAUCUCGCUACGCGGAUUAUCAGCCAUGGUAUAGAUCACCACCUGGCAGAAGCUGUGUUAGCCCUGGUUCUUCACCUGAGCAGUGUCACGAUGCAGCGGUAUGGGAAAAUCCCAUUAUAGUAGACGCCGAUACCAUCAGGCGAAAAGAUGAGAAAGUUAGGGUCGUGAGCGAUUCUAUCCACGCUCAAUAUCCUCAGAAGUCCUAUCAUCCACAGUUACGCGCUAGUAAGGUUUCGGCAGAUUGUCACUCAGAAGAUCAACGUGGCAGAUUCCGUGCAAGGGAUUGGCCCUAUCUCAUAAUACAAGCUAUGGAAGACGGAAUAUCAGGAUCAGAACAAGCAGUAACGUCCGACAUAAUAGUAGUAUAUGGCUCAAUUGAACAUCCUAACCCUUUGGAGGUCACGACAGAGGACCAUGACAGAGGAUGUCAACUCGAUCAAUUAUACCAUACACUCAUUGACACAUAA